CACAUGACACACCAUCUGUCAGUCUACCUAUCCGGGACUUGCCGUUCUUUUGUGUUCCCUUCUCAUAACCAAACAGGCUCAUUCAAAGCAUUCUCAUCGGUGUCCUGCAGAUGUCACUAUUAAAGCUCUUCACCCUCAGAAGCACGAGCCCCUUCACGUUAAAGAGGAUACGGAAAUGCCGUACAUCAAACAAGAGGCGGAGCCAGAGAUCCCCAAGAUUAAAGAAGAAGAACAGGAAGGUGAAAUCACGAAGUGUCCAAUGACUGUUUGCGUGAAGAGUGAAGAUGAAGGUCCAAGUGAAGAAAGCGGAGCAGCGAAACCUUCGAGUGACUGCUCAUUUCAACACCUGACAACAAAAGGAGAGGGACGACCGCAACCUGACGGUUUGUUAGCGCCGCUCUCGGACAGUGACGACGUAACGUCACACUCUUCUGACUUUUACACUGAUGAGGAGGAUAAUGACAUUGAGCCAAAUGCUUCAAAAUCCCGAAACAAGUCAUCAUUGAAAAGAGACACAAAAGAAUGCGUGGUUGGGAAGCCAUUUGUCUGCUCACUUUGUGGUAAAAGAUUCACUCAGAAGAUUCAGUUAGAAACACACAUGCGUACACACACUGGAGAAAAGCCUUUUCCCUGCUCAGUUUGCCAUAAAAGAUACAUCACGAAGGCAGAUUUAAAGGUUCACACAAGAACACAUAGUGGAGAGAAGCCUUUUGCCUGCUCAUUUUGCGAUAAAAGAUUUCGUGUUAUGCCUCAGUUAACAACACACACUCGUACGCACACUGGAGAAAAACCUUUUCUCUGCACAUUUUGUGGUAAAACAUUCACCCAGAAGGGAGAAUUAAUACGUCACACAAGGGCACACACUGGGGAAAAGCCUUUCGCAUGCUCAUUUUGCGAUAAAACAUUUUGUACGAGGCAUCAGUUAACAAGACACACACGUACGCACACUGGGGAAAAGCCUUUCGCCUGCUCAGUUUGUCAUCUAAGAUUUCGUCUGAAGCAUCAGUUAACAAGACACACAUUCACACACACUGGAGAAAAACCUUUUGUCUGCACAACUUGUGGUAAAAGAUACAUCGAGAAAAAAGAUUUAAGCAUUCACACAAGAACACACACUGGAGAGAAGCCUUUCGCCUGCACAAGUUGUGGUAAAAGAUUCACCAGCAAGGGACAUUUGAGCGAACACUCAAAAACGCAUACAGGAGAGAAGCCUUUUGACUGCUCACAUUGCGAUAAACGAUUUCGUACAAAAAAAGAUUUAACAAGACACACGCUUACACACACCGGGGAAAAGGCUUUUCUCUGCUCAGUUUGUGGUAAAAGAUUCGCUCAGGAGAGAUCUUUAAACAUACACGCGAAAAGACACGCCUAAUUGACUUGGGACUUUUCACAAUUUUACUUUGGAUUGUCAGAAUUUUUAAAUGCUUUGAUGCUUCCCUUUUUGUUGUUGUUCGUCCAAUUUCCAAACUUUAUCUGAAUAUUUUCAGUUAAGAUUUCUAUAUUUGUCUUGUGUAAUGUAAAUGUUUGAAAUCAAACAUUUUCCAUUACUGACUGACUUACUUGCUUUUUUGUGAACCGUUUUUAGCGCACAGUUUUUAUAAAUAUGGGUUGUAUAUAUCAGUACGUUUUACAUUGCAUUAUUUACUUAAUUGGACAAAUCAAACUAUGGUAUCGUGCUUACAAUAAAUUAUAACAAUACCAAUGUUUUUAGAAGCCCUUUUAAUUUCACGAAUAUAAUUCAUAUUUUCCACCCUGCCUUUUAAAAGCCAUAUUAAGAGAAACUUCUGACUUAAAGACUUGUUGGCUCUUCUAAACUAUAAUUGUUCUUUUUUUUUAAUAAAAUAUGUUGUUAGAAACACAUAAAAUAUUACCACAGAUUUUGAAAAACCUCUAAUAUUUAGUAAAUGUUUUGACCUACGUUGGGCGCCAUCUUUUAUGUGCGCAAUAGACGCUCGGAGCGAUGACGUACUUGGCCUGGACUGGAAGAAUAGCUGUGAUAGCUAGCAAGCGUAGCUAGUAGAGGUGUGCGAAAUUUCCGAUUCUUAGAUUAUUCGCGAUUCGGCUGUGGAAGAUUCGAGAACGAUUAACAAAUGUCCAAAUUCCGAUUAUUGGAAUAUUCCAAGUAAAGCGGAACUAAAACACAGUCGGCGCGAUCUUCGGGACGCAAUGAGGAACGGACAGAGAGGCUAGUAUGACGACUGGCAUGAUUUUGUCACAUCCUUUUGCUGGUCAGAUUGUUUUAUUACAGAGCUGGGGGAUGAGUUGCCGACGUCGUACCUGCAUCCAAUUCCAGCUCUAUAGCAGUGUCUUUUAACCGAUCCUAGGCAGGUUGCCAAGAUAUUGCCUUGCUGCCAUUUGACAGAUUGUAGUCUCGAUCCCUUUGUUGCUUGCCUUGUUUUUUUGUUUUGUUCGUCUGCCUCUCACAGCGGUUUUCCUUCGAGUUUUUAAAAAAAAGAUAAUUGAUCCCAACCAACUGUCACGGACCCUUUUUUCGUCUCCCUUUUCCCAAUCACGUUUUUUUUGUCCCACCUUGCUUCUGCAUUUGCAGACCGCAACAGAUUUGUUGGUUUUCAUCUGAGGACUUCAGUUACUAAUUGCAGCUAAUAGAUCGAUAAACAAUACACAUACUAACCUGCAUCUAGUGACAGUGCGGAGUCCGCAGCUGUCACUGUCACUAGAGAAACGCUACUGGUGUUCUGCAAUUCCUACCUACCCGGAAAGACGUCCAACACAUGCGCACGUCCGAUAAAACUACUUAAUAUUUGUGUUUUUAUUGAGUCUUUAGUUAUAUUUUCCUUGCUUGAAAAUACUUUUUACAUGUGUUUUCCUCUCAUACUUUUAAGCAUUGUUUUUUUCUUGUGGUAGCGAAAAAGCAGAUUGUUGACCUGCUGACCAUUUUAGACACGUAGCGUAUUUAAACCACCCUUAUUUGAUAUUACGUUUAAGUAUUUUUUUAAGGCAUCUUUAGUAUUUUUUUCCUGUAUGGAUCUAAACAAAACCAUCUGGAAGCACAGGGUAUUACUUUGGGUGUCAAGUUCGCCUCUUGUAGCACAUUUUGGCAGAACACUGGUUUUCUCCUACUCUCGUCUCUUCUCAUCCCGUCUUUCCUGUUCAUUUUGCUUUUGCUGCUCGUUUUGUGAAAUAUCGACAGUGUUGUCAUGCUCAAUAAUGUUCCUCUCGGGUUCAAAUUGAAAGGGCUGAACAGAUGCAGUCCAGUGACGUCACCGCCCAAUCAACAACAAUGACGAUCUAGUAGUUAAACUAAUUUGACAAAUUGUAUAAAACAAAAAUGUCAGGAGGGGUUUUAAUAUCAAAUUAUUUUAACUCAUACUAAACGUGUAUCUUUUAAGAAUUACAAGUCUUUCUAUACGUGGUUCCGUUUAAAAGAAUAUCUAAUUCAGUAAAAUUCAACCUGAACAAUUUUAAACAAAUGCGAUCUUUCAUAACGCUUGAGGCUGCUAAAAUGUUUCUACACUCAAUGAUUUUUAUCACACAUUGAAUUUUCAUUACAUGUUGGCAACUGGCAGGUGUAAAAACAGUAUGUUCUCUAAUUUGUCUCAUAAAUGAUGCAUGACAAGCAUAACUAAAGUGAGGUUGAACACAAUAAGGUUUUAAACAAUUUUAUUUACUGCAAUGAGGUCCAGAAAUGCUUGUCUCAAAUGUGAUAUAUUUGGCACAUAAUAUGCACUUUGGACUUAUUUCUGUUCAUACACCUAUGUUAGUCUACUUAUUUAUUUCCUUAUAAUACAAAAAGUCAAUGCUUGCGUUAUCUUCAAAAUAUAUUCAAUUUCCCUGUGCGGAAGCCACUAUUGUUGUCUAUUUUGGAGCCAAUCUGCCAGUUUAUUAUUUUGCUUGUUAUCUUUGUAAAUAACUUCUAAAGAACUAUGAAGAUAAGGAGGACCAUACGGCAGUGUGAUUUGAUUUAAAAUAUUUUUUGUCAAUGUCAGUGUUUACCAAAUUAAUGCUGUACAAAUUUUUACAUUUGCGGUCGGGAAUAAAACCCACGUAAAAAGAAGAAAAAAAUUGUUUUGUCCAAUCUGUCAAUUUACCUGACCACCUUUACAAUUUAUAACAUUAUUAGGGUGGGUGGCUCCUGACGGUAUUUUGAAAGACACUCAAAUCAUGGGUAAGUUUUUAAAAUGGACAAUUUUGAAAUUCCAAACUGACUCCUGGACAAGAUUCUGACCCAGAUGAAGGCCCUAGUAUGAAUUGUGAUUAAAAAAAAAAAAAAAAAAAAAAAGAGCUCAAAGACAAAACAAUACAUUAAAAGAAUUGUUUCGUUCGAUUUAUUUUCACCGGGGAUGAGACGAAACCUACUCCAUUAUGUUUAACGUUUCAUCAAAUAUACUGAGUGAGGAUAAAAAUUGAGAAAUUAUAAAGAAAUAUACUGUACAGAAAGUUAUUUUGGAACAUUUUUAGUUUGCGUUGUGCUGCAAAAUAAUGUAAAAAUGGGCCGUGACUUAGAAAAGGUUGAAAAACACUGAUAUAAAUAACUUUGUGCUGAGAAAAAAACACCAUUGUUUAAAAAAAAAAAAAUUAAAAAUCAAACAUUGUAAGUGGUUACUCACAAUCUUACUCAUUACUUAAGUAUUCUUUCCACCAAAUACUUUUAACUUGUAAUUGAGUAAAUUUUUUGGAAGACUACUUUUACUUGAGUAAUAUUAUCUUGAAGUAACUCUACUCCAACUUAAGUAAAAGCUAAACUGAGCCUGAGAAGCUUCAAUGCUUUAAAAUGAAGCCAGUUCAUUAUUUUGAUCCCUGAUGGAAGAAUUCCAGCGGAAGCAGUACAGUAAAUUGAAUUAAGACCAAACUUUCAACGUACAGAUUUACGGACGAUAUUCUGAGCUUUCAAAAUUUAGUUAUUGAUAAUUAUGACUCAGAUUCGGAUAUGUUUAUCAUAUUCAUUGAAUAUUUUUGUUGUCCAGUUUUGUUUCCAAACACUUCAACAUAUUAUAUUACAUUGAAGUUUCAGCGCCUGAACGUUUCUACUUCCGGUUCACUUGACGCAACUUCUGUGUUUCCAUCCGGCACAACAGUAACUUCUUUCGUCUACUCUUCGCCCAACCAAACGAGCUCCUUCAGAGCAUUCUCAUCGGAUAAGUACCGAAAUGCAACAAAAUACUACUGACUGAAGGCCAACGUAAUCAAAACAUCAAGCUACAGAGUAGAGACGUGGAAGACGAGGAGAGGAAAUCCAGGCCACGACGAGCAACUGAAAAACAACAGAAAAUGAGGGGGGUGCUGCAGCUCAAGUUAAAGAGUACAGACAUGGAAGAUACGGAGAGGUAAUCCAGGCCACAACGAGCAACUGUAAAACAAAAGAAAAUGAGGUGUCCUGCAGACGACACUAUGAAAGAGCUUCACCCUGAGAAGCGCGAUCCCCUUCACGUUAAAGAGGAGGAGUGGGACAUGCCCUACAUCAAACAGGAGGCGGAGCCAGAGACCUAUAGCAUUAAAGAAGAAGAACAGGAAGAUGAAAUCUCCAACUUUCCAAUAACUGUUAUUGUGAAGAGUGAGGAAGAUGAAAGUCCAAGCGAAGAGAGCGGAGCAGCAAAACUUUGGAGCAACAGCUCACUUCAACACCUGACAACAAAAGGAGAGGGACUGCCGCAACCUGACGGUUUGUUAGCUCCGCUCUCGGAAAGUGACGAUGUUACGUCACACUCUUCUGACUUUAACACUGAUGAGGAGGAUGACGACUUUGAGCAAAAUGCUUCCAAAUCCCUAAAAGGGUCCAAUGGAGAGAAGCCUUUUGCCUGCUCUCUUUGCGAUAAACGAUUUUGUUCAAAGAAAGGUGUUGUAAGACACACGCGUACACACACGGGAGAAAAGCCUUUUGUUUGCACAACUUGUGGUAAACGAUUCGCUGAGAAAGGAAGUUUAAACAAACACACAAUGACACACACUGGAGAGAAGCCUUUUCCCUGCUUAUUUUGCCAUAAAAAAUUCUCUCGGAAAUCACAGCUAAACUAUCAUACCAAAUCACACACUGGAGAGAAGCAAUUCGCCUGCUCAUUUUGUGAUAAAAGAUUUUGUACGAAGCAUCAGUUGACAGGACACACACGUACACACACUGGGGAAAAGCCUUUCGCCUGCUCAGUUUGUCAUAUAAGAUUUCGUACGAAGCAUAAUUUAGCAACACACACACAUGCACACACUGGAGAAAAGCCUUUUUUCUGCUCCAUUUGCGAUAAACGAUUUUGUUCAAAGACAGAUGUAAUAAGACACACGCGUACACACACGGGAGAAAAGCCUUUUGUCUGCACAACUUGUGGUCAGCGAUUCACUGGGAAGGGAAGUUUAAAGCAACACACAAUGACACACACUGGAGAGAAGCCUUUUCCCUGCUUAGUUUGCCAUAAAAGAUUCUCCCGGAAAGCCGUACUAAUCUGUCAUACCAAAUCACACACUGGAGAGAAGCCUUUCGCCUGCUCACUUUGCGAUAAAAGAUUUGGUCGUAAGCAACUGUUAAUAAUACACACGCGUACACACACCGGGGAAAAGCCUUUUCUCUGCACAUUUUGUGGGAAAGGUUUCUCCCGGAAGAAGGAAUUAAUAUGCCACACAAGGACACACACCGAGGAAAAGCCUUUCGCAUGCUCUCAUUGCGAUAAAAGAUUUUGUACGAAGCGUCAGUUAACAACACACACACGUACACACACUGGGGAAAAGCCUUUCGCAUGCUCUCUUUGCGAUAAAAGGUUUUGUACGAGGCAUCAGUUAACAGGACACACACGUACACACACCGGGGAAAAGCCUUUUCUCUGCACAUUUUGUGAUAAAAGAUUCUCUCAGAAAGGACAACUAAACUGCCACAUUAAAACUCACACUGGAGAAAAGCCUUUUGACUGCACAGCUUGUGGUAAACGAUUCAUUGAUAAGGGAAGCUUAAACAGACACACAAUGACACACGCUGGAGAAAAGCCAUUUCCCUGCUCAGUUUGCCAUAAAAGAUUCUCUCAGAAAGGACAACUAAACUGUCACAUUAAAACACACACUGGAGAAAAGCCUUUUGUCUGCACAGCUUGUGGUAAACGAUUCAUUCAUAAGGGAAGCUUAAACAGACACAUUAGAACACAUAUUGGAGAGGAGCCUUUCAAAUGAUCAUAAUAAUCAUAGAUUUUAUUUAUAGAGCGCUUUUACCAAUGCUAAAAGACAGUUGAAACAAAGAAAAAGCUAACACAACGUUAGCUAGAGCCGGACGGUAAAUCGAAAAUUUACAGUUACUGAGAUUCUUCAUGAUGGGCGACAUAAUUUUGACCAUGUUGGUAAAUUCGGUAAUUGAAAAAAACAAAGAAAAUAUAGUCUUUUCAUUCCCCUUUAAAGUGAUCCUCGAUCUUUAAGACAAGUAAUUCUUAAAAGAUAAAUGUUAAUAUGAGUUAGAAUAAUUUGAUAUUAAAACCCCUCUUAAUGUUUUUGUUUUAAUAAAAUUUGUAAAAUAAUUUUAAGUGAUCGGUUGCCAUUCUUGUUACGUCGCAAUGCGUGACGUCACCGGGCCCGUUGCCGAAAUUCCAGCGUGUAACUCGUUAGCUUUCCCAACAUGUCGUCGGUUCUAUCAUUCCUAUUUGAACCAGAUCUGUGAAAAGUGAAGAGCAAGGCAGCACUGUCGGUCGUUCACAAGACGGGCAGCAGGGAAAAAUGCGUGCAGCAAAUACCUGAUAAGACAAAAGUUGGGCAAAACUGGUGAUGCACUCGCGGCAAGUGAGUCUCAAUGAUAACGGAGUGAGAGAGUGUAUGCUGUUGGGAACUCCGGUUGGGAGCGAGAGAGUGUAUGCUGUUGGGAACUCCGGUUUUAUUAGCAGAUAUUCAAGGUAAGCAUAUUGCAUUUUCAAACUUAUCCCAAUAUAAUUAUGUAGAUUGUUAGCAUCCAAAGCUGUCGUGUGCUUUAUGUACAGUACAGGCCAAAGAGCACACCUUGUCUAAUCCAUAUCUCGUACAUUAUAACGCGUGGUAGGUAGGAUACAUGUAUAAAAGUACCAAAAAGGGGAGAAGCUUCCACUUAUGCACAUUUAUUCACAAAAAAUAUUUCCACCUUGACCACUAUUCACUCGGGAGCUUAGCAGUAUGCAAACACGCGUUCCCUGACGAACUCCAACAUUGUUGUAAGGUCCAUGUCAGAGUCACUGUCGUCACUGUAACGUGCCAUAGUGCUUUAAUUAUUUGGCAUGAUUUGGAGAAAACUCCCACGAAGAAUAGUCAACAAAAAAGAUAGCAAUAGUAAUCCAAAUCCGCGUUUUUUACUCUCUGGAAGAUCCAGGAAUUAGACCGAUCCCAUGGCAACGUUGCAGCCGCAAUCAGGCCGUCGAUUCCACCAAAUAGACUGAUCGAAAAGCCGCUGUGGGACCGACGAAUAAAAAAAAUAGACGGAUCCGAAACCAAUAUUGCAGACGCGGUGGGGCCGUCGGAUCCAGAAAAUAGACGUAUCCCUUACUUGACUGAAGAUCCAGGAAAAAUGUUCGGGCACCAGUGGUAACGCGUGGUGGGUAGGAUACGUGCAUACAGGGACCAAAAAGGGUGAGAAGCUUCCACCUAUGCACAUUUAUUCACUAAAAAUAAUAAUUCCACCUUGAUCACUCACGUCACUCCCCUUGUUUCCAUUUGACUGGAAAUUGCAUCCAAAAGCAGCACACCGUGGCAUUUUACUUCGCGAGUUUAGGCAGUAAUAAGCAGUUGUUGUACACGCUACACAUUUGGAAAGAUCCCAUUUAUGUCAUCAAUGCGAGCCCGCAAACCAUGGCGCCAACUAAUGGUCAAAAUAUGUACUAAAUAUUAUAAAAUAUUGCCAUUGAUUUAACAUUUUAUGUGUUUCUAACAACAUAUUUUAGUACAAGAGAGCAAUUGUGGUUUAUUAGAGCCUACAUGUAUUUAAGGUAGAGGAUCACUUUAAGAAAGCAGUCGGUGUGCUUACGUAUGAAGUCACGUGAUUAUCACUCAGGAAGUCAAACAAGUCCGGCAGGCUAACACUAGCGGCUAACCCUACAAGCAAAGGUGAUGGAGUUGGGCUUAAUGGAGCUUCGCCAAACUUUCACCUGACAUUUAGUAGCCUCUUGGCGGCCCCCAGACGGGCUUUCGCCUUCUUUCCUCCCUGGUUCUCACGAUUUCAGGAGCAUGCGUUUUCAGUGCUUUCUACUGAUAGCCAGGCCACAGGCUAAUGCUUGCGGCUAACAGCGGCUGCAAAUGAACGUAAUGGAGUCUGAUAGCGGCUCUUACCUUGUCGAAUUGGCUGAACUUAAUGAGUGGAUUGUGCACGGACUGCAGCUAGCAAUUAGUAUGUUGCGUUAUUUUGUAUCUGUGUGUGAUUUCUUUGAUAUCUUUUAUAAUGUUAAAGCAUUCUGCAAAAAAAUUUAUAAUCCAACAGUGACCGUUUAAGGGCCACAGCUCUUUUUUUGUAUGUGCUUGCUUAAUUGUUUGUCAUUACUGCCAUCAUAAAAUCUUACAUUUUCAUUGGCACAAGAGCAAUAAAGUUUUAAUGCGUGUGUGUGUUUCUGUGUGAGGGGUGCAUGUAUUAAAAAAAUGCUUUGGUAAAAAAAUCCUGAAACCUUCAAGUAAACACUUGCGUUUAGUAAUUAUGCCAUAGCAGCCAUUAAAGGGUAUGACAACACCUGAGGAAAUGCUAAUAUUCCAUCAUUUAUCCAUAAGCCUUUUGAAUUCAUAUCAUGCCACUUCGUGUAAUUACACACAUCGCAACACCAAGAAAAUGAUAGAAAUUAGGUUGAUUGUCAAGCUAAAAGGACCCGCCCCCGUGAUGCCGGAAAUCUAGCAUAUUGUGUGCGUGACGUCACGACAAGGAAACAACCGGCUCAGUGCUUAGUACCGAAUGGCGGCGAUGAUAGCGGUCAAUUUUGUUUCUAGUUGCAGCGACGAAUUCGACGUAACGAACAUUCUUCUAAUGGUGACGAGGAGAGUUAUGAACCUUUCUUUGGUGUUUUGGGUUAUCAAUUUGAGCCUAAACGAAAGCCAAUUCAGCCUAAUGAAAGGAUCAUUGAGAGGAGCAAUCACACUGAUGAAACACCGGCAACAUCGUGUGGGAAACACCGAAUGGUUUGUUUUGCAUUUCUUUUUUUUAAGCUGAUACACGGUGACCGCAAAAUAAUGUAAUGUAUAGAAUAAUUACCAUUUAUUGUGCUAUCAUAGGUUUUUGCUCUGCCAACAGACAAAUAUGAAUGGGAUUCAAGGAUUUGUUCUAUAUAUUUUACGAGCGAUAAUUUAUACAUGUGUCCAGUCCUAUAUCCAAUGCGUGAUAUGUUUUUUAUUAUAAAAGAGUACUCACUCUGGCCAUUUCCCUCCUUUGCUUUGCCUGGGGUGGUGAGGCGGUCUCAUCAGAGCCAGUCAUCGUCCUCUUUCACCGGGCACCACAUCUGCUUUCAGCAGCAAUUUCUUAGCAAAACCUGAUUUCAUUUGCCCAUAGUUCGUAUAGCUUUCAGGUGUAAAAUGCGCACCACACAAAACCGUGCCGGAGGCUGGGUCUGCAAAAUUAGCCCUCUUGGCACUGACGAACUUUACUCAUUUUCUGCAUAGUCCAGCUCUUUUUCUCGCAUUCGGGAACUCAUGGGUACUACAUUGUGACAAAUGGUUAUUUGCAAACCACAUAGCAUGACAGGUUUGAACCAUUUUAGCGAUUUUUUGAUAAAACAUGAACGCAACUCUCUCGUCGAUAAACAACGAUGGCACCCGCCUCGACCUUUUGUUUCCUUGUUAUGACGUCUCCGCCCCAUUCGGCUGUUUCCGGAACACUUUCGGAAAUGUUCGUCAUUUUCAAUCUAUUUUCGAUAAUUGCUCAUUAAUGUGGUUGAUUUUUUUGUUAACUUUAUCAAUAUUUGUUAUCUUGGCACAUAACGGUUCUAUUGAUGUCUCACACCCCCUUUGCGUUUUCAUACCCUUUAACAAAAAGUUGUCUGUUUGAAGUUUACUGUUCAAGCUGUAAGCCAUUUGUGUUCAAUGACAUGUUUGCACAGUCGUCGUAUUGAUUUUUAUAAUGUCGUACAUUGUUCAAGUCAUACAAGCUGUUAUAAAUGUUCAUACUUCUUAUUGUUUACAAGAAUUUUUAACAGUAUAUACUUAAUGUUUAAAUUACAUGUACAAAUAUUAAAUAUGUUAAAUUGAUGCUUGAUGAAGCUGGUAAAUAAAUCAACGAGAAACAGUUCAUUUGUAUUUCAUGCAUUAAUUCAGAUUUUCAAAUUAUAAAACAGUCCGCUUGGGCGAAUUUAUCGUUAUUGAGGUAAAUCUGCUCAUUUUUCAGUGAUGCGUAUUUAAGGCCAUAUCGCCCAGCCCUAACGUGCGCAGUUCAAAACAAUAGAGAAAAGGAUUACAAAUUAAAAGCCAGUUUAAAAAGGUGAGUUUUAACAAUUUUUUGAAGGUUGGAAGAUCAGAACAGGUGCGGAUGGGUUUUGGGAGUGAGUUCCAAUAUUUUACUUAUGGCUUACUGCUUUUCACAAUUUUAUUUUUGUUUGUUUACAAUACACUGAUGCUUCCCUGCCAACAAUCGUCCCUAUAUGUCAGUAUUACAUCAGUAAACAGCAUGCACUGUUUGCAUGCUCAGUGCUAAAUAACCCCCCUGCUGAUACUACCAGCAGCAAAAAUAAAAACUGUCCCUCUGUCCAAUGACACUGUCGUUUUUGUUCUAUUUUUGUUUUUUCGGUCAAAUUGUUUGGCAUAUUGUCUUUGUUAAUGUUGCUAAUCAAUUUGAAUUAUUAUUGAUUUGAUUUGAUUACAUAUUCAUUUGCUGUAUCAAAUGGACAAAAAAUGUACCUUCUGUGAAUUGUUCCAGUUUGGAGGUGACUUUUUUGUUUUAUUUUGAAUUUAGGCAGUCU